AUGUUUAGGAUGCAACUUAAUUACUUAAAAGGAGCUCGGCUUUCCGAAACAAGCACCGUUAAGAUGCUGUCAGUGUUAAAGGCAUUAGCGCAAUGUCAUGUUAUUUUGGGUCUAAUUAUGCUUAUUCUUUCAACAUUAGCUGACUAUGUUAGCAGUCGAAUAAAUACGAUUCGCAUGUAUGGAUUAGAAGAGUGCUGUUCGUUCUAUUUUAUCGUUACUGGACUAGUGGGUUUAUGUGGUGCAGCUUCGUACAGAAGAGGGCUAGUAAUCACAUUUCUUGUCAUGUCAAUUCAUGCUAUCAUAAUUUUUGUUCCGGCUAUAAUAAUCGUGUCCAGCUUCGACAUUCAUUUCUAUCAGCAUGAAUGCUGGGGCGAAUGUGAUUGGCAUUUGUUGGCGACAUCCCUACCUCGAAACAGUCGCUGCCAAAUUAUGUGUGGUGAUCAUGUCGACGACAAUAUGAGAGUCUCGAUGACUCGUCUGGGUACCGAUUAUCGACUAGAUGCCGGUCUCAUAGCAGCCGCCAUUCUGGAGUUAUUGUUGGCAUUGGCGACAACAAAAUUCUGUACGGCACGAUUUGUAGUACAGUGCGGCGGUCCUUCAGUCGAAAUGGUCCCAUUGAAUGGCGAUACGACAUCGAUGUCACGAGGUCCAUAA